AUGCACGCAGUAUCUGAUGGCGGGUCAGGGGUAGGUGAGCUUGGGGAGCAGCUCGAGGACCUGCUGCACCCUAUCCCGGGGGAUGACAACGACGCCGUUGACGGAAUCGCACACAGCCAGGUCCCCUGGCGCAACAGCAGUGCCGUCAAUGUCGAGCGGGACUUGAGUAGCCCAGGGUCCUGUGCUCUGCAGCUCGGUGAGGUCGCGAAUCCUCCCGGCGACGACUAUGCCCUUGGCCCGGAGGACCUUGAUCCUGAGGGCCAUGAUACCACCGCAGAUGGCGUUGGCCUGGGAUGGAGGCUGCUGGAGGACGACCAGGGUGUCGGGCUGGGUGAGGUCUGCCCAGUGGGCAUCCUUGGGGAUGUUGGGAUCCGGGAGGUUGGAGGGGCGGGCGGCGGGAGUGGCGCUCUUUGGAGCGAACAGGACUGUUGA